AUGGGCGACGCACUUGCGCCCGACCUGCCGGCUGACCUCAAAGGCUUCGCCUACUGCGCCGGCGACAUCGCUCUCAAGCCGUUCAAGCGCGCCGAGCCAGCCGACUUCAGGGCAUGCUUUGAGUUGCACGUGGUUGGCGCGGCUGCCGCGCUGAGGAGCGUCGAGGCCCCGCUGAAAAAGAAUGGUGGCUCUGUCGUUCUCUUUUCCAGCGUGGCCGUGCAGCAGGGCUUCACCAACCACGCCAUCAUCUCGAGCGCCAAAGGCGCCAUCGAAGGGAUGACUCGCGCGCUUGCUGCCGAAUUUGCUCCCUCCGUUAGGGUCAACGCUAUAGCGCCCUCGAUCUCGCACUCGGCGAUGGCGGCGCCGAUGCUGGGGAAGGAAAGCAUGCGCAACACCCUCGCCAAGUCCCACCCGCUCGGCAGA